CUGGGAAGUGACAUCCUUAUAUGUACGUACUUGACUGCUAGUCGGGCACCCGGUCCCAAGGCCAUACUUCAUGAUUGCAAGGACUCGUCUGCUGGCUAUCAGUCGUGCCAUGUCGACCUCGACACGCUCUUCCACAUGCCCACUAUCACAAUUUUCCGCUUGUGAAAUCUCAGACGCCCUCAUAAAGCUCGGAUCUCCAAACGGAGGACACAUCCCAGACAUUCACAUGCUCUCCCCAACAUCUCAAGUCAAGAUCUGUGCACCAGCAUACACCGUCCAAAUGGUACUCGCAUCAGACAAUUUAGCCCCAAAGCUCUCCUCCCAUUUCGUAGAUACCGCACCCCCAGGGUCUGUAAUCGUCGUCGACGCCCCACCUCAAACAAAGAAUGCAGUUUGGGGUGGUUUGAUGACUGCGGGCGCACAAGCUCGGGGAGCUGUCGGCGUCAUUAUCUCUGGGCGUUGCAGAGACCUUGCUGAACAUCGUGCAGCGGAUUUCCCGGUCUUUGCGCGUGGCCAUUCAACAGUCGGGCAGUCCCCUUUCGUACGCCCGUCUGGUGUAAAUGUCACCCUCACCAUACAUCCCAAAGAUGCUGGCGAUAGCUCAGACGCAUUCGCUUCUGUCACAGUGACACCAGGCGACUGGAUCAUCGCAGAUGAAGAUGGCGUUAUUUGUGUGCCAGUGAACAUGGUAGACAAAGUCGCGGAGCUUGCUAAGAAGGGACAAGAGAUCGAUGCUAAGUGUAUGGCUGACAUUAAAGCUGGAAAGGGCAUCCAGGCAUCUUUCAAGGAGCACAGGGGCAAAUAAAAACAUGAUAUUUGGGGCUCGUUAUCCUCUGCGCAUCAAAAUACUGGAUAUGCAUACAUACGUCACGUAACAGCACUACAUCAAGUAGUCAUACCGGCUUGAAUAUUGUACAAACGUGGUCCUCGACAACCCCAGUUAGAUUUAUUUUUUUGCAAAGUAAGAGAGUGCGCAUAUGUCAUGUCUAGAAUAUUCAU